GCUUCAGUACCGCCUCCCAAAACCAUCGGCCCAUUCAGGAAAAGUCGUCCGUCAACAAGUCGGUCGGACGAAACCGAAACGACACCUGACAGCCAGUCGGAGAAGAGAGGACCUGCGAAAGAAGACACUUCACCCCCAACCCCGAGGAAACGCUCCCUUCAGCUUCUUACUCACAAUUACCGAUUACCUUUUGCUGUCGGUCGGCGAGAACUUAUUUUGUUUUUUUGUUUUUCGGGGUUUUUUUUACUGUUUGAACCGGGACUGAUACGUUUACGGUCCCACGGAGAGGACGUGUUUGUUCUUAGUUGACACCUUUUGACAGGCGCUUCCGGGUCUGUUGGAAUAUUAUAACCACGGAAUGGAAUCUGGGGACGUUGAGUUGAACGAAAUUAAGACAAUUUCGGACCAAAAGGACAUGGUAGAUGGUCAAGAUGCUGAGGCCAGUGUGGUAAACUCUUUACUUCCAGAGAGCAAUAAUGGGGGGAAAACAGGCACUAAACCAAAGCAUAAGAACUGGACAAGUCUCCAGAAAUGUUUAUCCCUCAAAGAAAAACGCAGCAAACUGAUUGCUGCCUUCAUUGUCAUUUUCCUUAUAACUAUUGUGAUUGUCAUCUCUGUUUCUGCAUGCUAUGCAAAUUAUGACGAUGAGGAUGAACAAUUUGACCAAACAACGUUUAUUCUACAACAGAAAUUUAAUGGGAGCUUCCAGAUGGGAACUCCAUUUUCAAAUGAAACCCAAGGUCUCAGUGACGUUCAGAGAAAGGUGACCAAGCUCUAUGAAUCCUCCCAUGCUCUGGGUCGUUUCUUCUCAGACGCGGAGAUAUUUCACCUUGGGAAUGGGUCUGCUGUUGUGCAAUACAAGCUGACAUUUAUCUUUCCUGAAGAAAAGCUUAGGAACUCCACUCUCAGCAGAGAGAUUGUGUACAAUGUGUUCAGGCAGUUCCUCUACGAUCAGAAUGAAGACGAAUACAACAUUCUCCCAAGUUCCUUGGAAAUGCACACCAUGCAUUGAAAAAUGAGCUCCUGUAAAACCACUAAAACCGGAUUUCCAGGAUGGAUUUUUUUUUUUUUUUACGUAUUGGCCUCGAAACAGUUGACUUGUCAGCUGUCAUUCACCACACAAACACAUCCACUGUGAAUGCUCUCACAUGACCAGAUAGCAUAAACCACAUGGUUGUAAAACAUUUGUGUUUUUUAUGUACUGUCAUUUAGAUUUUAUUGUAUAUUGCCAUUGUUUUUAAGCUCCAACGGUCUUUGUUAAAACCUCUGAUGUUGUAUAUUUUCGCUAUAUUGAUGUAGCAGAAAUGGUGAUCUGCUGUUAGAUGUGGAAACACACACUCCUUUGCAUACAUGUUCAGUUUUGAAGCAGACCUCAUUUGCAAACUGUAACUAAACUUACCUUGAAGCAUUUGCCUAAAGUGCAACAAACACUAAAAUAACCAGGUACACAGAGAUUAAGAGUUAUUUUAUUUGCCAAGUGAUGAACUUGUUUACCUAAGUAUGAUUUAUACUAUUAUUCACAUGUACUUUGUGACAGAUAUUAAAUAUCAGCGGUUUCAUUAA